AUGUUGCUCGCCGCACUGUUACCUUUACUUUUGGUAGUGAUUGGUUUUCCACCUGGGACAAUAACGCGCGAUGAAACACCUGCCGCUCCCCUGAAUAUUUCUUUCACAGAAUACUCGUUUGCGAACCAUUUAAGAUUCAUAAGAGAGUCCCGAUUGCUUAUCGGGCCCUUUGAUUUAAAGAGAAAAUUUAAGAAGAAACUUAACACACAGCAGGAUAUUCAUCAGCCGAGUGCUUCGCCUCUUCGAUCCGGUGGUUUUUCUUUAAAUUUAAGUGAAAGACCUACAAUUUCCUCAAACAAUUUAUCUCAAACAAACAGAGCUAACAUAAUAACCACAACAGUAACUAACGCGAUAUCUGCCACAUCAGUAGGAUCUACUACAAUAGAAAAUUUACAGAGUGAGGGAACGACGGAAACCUCUAAAGCAACAAGAAAGUCUAAAGCAACAAAAAUGUCACGCAAAACAAAAACUAAGAUACCAUCAGGAGCAACUGAAGACGAGGCAGCAUGGCCGGGGAAGCGAGCGUCGGUCGUGGAGGGCGACGUGCUGCUGGGUGGUCUGAUGAUGGUGCACGGGCGUGCGGAAACAACGAGCUGCGGGCCGCUGAUGGCUCAAGGCGGCGUGCAGGCGCUGGAGGCGAUGCUGUUCGCGCUGGACGCGGCCGCGGCGCUGGCACCCCCCGGGGUGCGCCUCGGAGCGCUUGUGCUCGACGACUGCGACAGCGACACGCGCGGCCUUGAGAUGGCGCUUGACUUCAUUAAAGGUUCGAUCGGUAACAUUGACGAUGAGGAAUAUGCAUGUAAUGCUUCAGCCGUUCGUAAGGUGAUUUCAGGAGUAGUUGGUGCCGCAUCAAGCGUUACCUCUGUUCAGGUCGCAAACCUGCUACGUCUUUUCAAAAUACCACAAGUAUCUUUCUUUUCAACGUCUCCCGAAUUAUCCAAUAAGGCCCGAUUCGAAUAUUUUACACGCACUAUUCCUUCAGAUAUGCACCAAGUAAAAGCAAUGGUCGAGAUUGUCAAGAAACUUGGUUGGCGCUAUGUCUCAAUUAUCUACGAAGAAUCAAACUAUGGGAUAAAGGCCUUCGAAGAACUAGAGACGAUGUUAGCAAGAAACGACAUCUGUAUAGCUGUGAAGGAGCGGUUAGUUAAAGAUUCCGGUGCAGCAGAUGAGCAUGCAUACGAUGCUUUGGUAGAACGGCUGCUGUCGCGGCCUCGAGCGAGAGGUGUUAUCGUGUUCGGAUCUGACCAAGAAGUUGCAGGCGUGAUGGCUGCAGUACAACGACGUGGAGCUAAUGGUGCCUUUAGUUGGGUGGGGUCGGACGGAUGGAGCGCACGUGCACUCGUCGCCGCCGGCAACGAACCCGUGGUCGAAGGCACUAUCAGUGUUCAGCCACAGGCCAACCCCGUUAGAGGCUUUCGUGAAUACUUUCUUAAUCUUACUGUGGAAAACAACAUCAGGAAUCCUUGGUUUGUUGAAUUUUGGGAGGAACAGUUUAGGUGUCGUUACCCCGGUAGUCCACGGACUCCAUUCAAUGGAAAUUAUACACGUAUUUGUACUGGAAAAGAACGCCUCUCGGCUAAUAACACAGAAUUCGAAGGACAACUACAAUUUGUUGCUGACGCUGUGUUUGCUUUCGUAUAUGCUAUAAGAGAUAUGCACAGAGAUUUGUGCGGAGGUAAACCUGGGCUCUGUCAGGAAAUGCGGCCAAUAAGUGGUCCGUUAUUAUUGCGGUAUUUAAGACAAGUACGUUUCACAGGAUUAAGCGGUGAUGAAUUUCACUUUGAUAGUAACGGUGACGGUCCAGCCAGGUACAAUAUAUUACAUUUCAAGCAAGUUUCACUUGGGAACUACCGUUGGCUAAAAGUGGGAAGAUAUCUUGACGGCGAAUUAGAGUUGGACAUGGACGCGAUCCAGUUUAAGUGGGGGGAGCGGCAUCCUCCAGAGUCCGUGUGCAGCGCCGAGUGCGAGCUGGGGCAGGCGAAGCAGUACGUGGAGGGCGAGAGCUGCUGCUGGCACUGCUUCAAUUGCACACAGUAUGAGAUCCGGUCGCCGGUAUCGGAGACGGCGUGCGCGGAAUGCCCGCGUGGCACGCUUCCCGACGCGGCACGCGCGCGCUGCGCCGGCGUGCCCGAGCUGUACCUGCGCCCCGCGCACCCCGCCGCCGUCGGCGCCAUGGCCUUCUCCGCGCUCGGGGCACUGCUCACCAUGUUCGUAGCCCUGGUGUGGCUGGUACAUGGGGAGACGCCUGUAGUACGUGCCAGCGGGAAAGAACUCUCCUUUGUGUUGCUCGCUGGUAUUUUAAUGUGUUAUCUUGUCACCUUCGCACUCGUCCUCCGUCCUACAGACAUAAUUUGCUCCUUGCAACGUUUUGGCACGGGAUUUUGUUUCACUGUUGUAUAUGCUGCUCUACUUACAAAAACUAAUAGAAUAGCACGCAUUUUCGAUGCCAGCAAACAUUCGGCUCGUCGUCCGUCUCUCAUCUCACCUAAAUCUCAGCUUCUCAUCUGUUCACUUUUAGUGUCUGUCCAGGUUAUCAUUGUAGUAGUAUGGCAAAUUGCAUCGCCGGCUCGUGCUAUCCACCACUAUCCUACGCGUGAAGAUAAUAUGCUAGUGUGUGAUUCUUACGUGGAUGCCUCAUAUACUAUCGCCUUCUUCUAUCCUGUUGUACUCAUCGUAGUAUGCACAAUAUACGCCGUACUCACACGAAAAAUACCAGAAGCAUUUAACGAGAGCAAACAUAUUGGUUUCACUAUGUAUACUACGUGCGUCAUUUGGCUCGCUUUUGUACCCCUUUACUUCGGCACUGCAAGCCAUGUGCCACUUCGCGUCACCAGUAUGGCCGUCACAAUUUCUCUUAGUGCCAGCGUGACCCUUGCUUGCCUGUUCGCGCCAAAGGUGUACAUAAUCUUGGUGCGUCCGGAGCGCAACGUGCGCGCGAGCCUGACGGCGGCGCGGUGGCGCGGCGCGGGCGCGGCGGGCGGCGCCGUGUGCGCCGCGCUCGUGGGCGCCGCGCCGCUGCCCCGCCCGCCCCCGCCCCCGCCCUCGCACCCGCCCCCCACGCACGCCGCACGCACGCCCUCCACCGACUUCUCGACGCUCGACGUCACCGAGCGAUCAACAUCCACCGAUCGGCAAGUCCAGACAGACGAACUGAGCCCAGAGCGGAAUGGUUUGUGUCUGGAUCCUCGCAAGCUGGCCGAGAUAGCGGCGGGGCUGCCGGCGUUCACGGCCGUCGAUGCCGAUGGAGCCCGGCGGCGGCGAGGACUUCGAGAGUCCGCCCUUUUAUAG